UUCUUUACUAAAGUUAUAGACCUUAAACUCAGCACUGUAGAAGUGUUGAUGAUCUCCUAAAAAACCUACCCUUUCUUUUUUUUGUUACCACGCUCGCUCUCUCUCUCUUCCCAAAUAACCCUUUUUUUUUCUUUCCCCUUCUAUCCCUUCUUCUUCGCGGAUACACACACGCACACCCCACUGCGAAGCACCAACCACCGAACAACAACAACAACAACAGAAAAAAAUAGAAAAAGAAACCCUAAUUGCACACUCUUCUGGGGAGAUUGAGGAAGAAAAUUUCAAUUUUUUUCCUCUUUUAUUUGGUGUUUCUUUUUUGUUGUUUCAAGAAAACUUUGAUUUUGAGGAAUUAAGGGUUGGGAUUUAUGUCCUUCAAUCAAUCAAAGUCCGAUAAGAGCGACGCUGUGUACCGAAAAUCCGGGCGACCCGGCAGCUUCAAUCAGCAGCGCGGUCCCUCCGGCGGUGCGUACGGCAAGGGCGGCGGUGGCGGCGCCGGGCCUUCUCCGUCGCUCUCCUCUAACCGGAGUUUUAACAAGAAGUCUAAUAAUAAUGCACAAGGUGGGCAAUCUAGGGUAAACCCUACUCCGGUGAAUUCGACUGAGUCUAAUAGUACUUAUGCAGCCCGGACUGUACCAAACGGUUCCCAUGUACAGCCACAUAUUCAUGGAGGAUCUGAUGCACCGAUUACAAAUGCAACUGCCAAGCCAUCUGAAUCGUUGGCUGCACAGAGGAGCACCAGAACUGUUCCAAAAGCUCCUACUUCUCAACCUCCCGCCAUGAGUUCUUAUCCAGCAGCUCCUACAACCCCAGCUAAGGCAGAUGCAUCUAAGGCAUUCCCUUUCCAAUUUGGAUCUAUUAGUCCUGGCUUUAUGAAUGGGAUGGCAAUUCCUGCUCGCACAAGCUCAGCUCCUCCUAAUAUAGAUGAGCAGAGGCGUGAGCAAGCUCGACAUGAUUCUUUUAGACCCGCACCCUCAAUGCCAACACCUCCAGUUCCAAAGCAGCAGGCAGUGAAGAAGGAUACAAGUGUUGCUGACCAAUCUAACACUGGGGAGACUUAUACUGGGACUAGGGCCAAAAAGGAUACUCAAGUGUCACCAUUACCCCCAGCAAGCCAGAUGCAGAAGCCUUCUGUCAUUUCUUUAUCUGGAAUGUCAAUGCCAAUGCCAUAUCACCAGUCACAGGCAUCUGUACACUUUGGUGGUCCUAAUCCACAGAUUCAGUCUCAAGGUAUGUCAUCGGCACCUCUUCAGAUGCCAUUACCAAUGCCUUUACCGAUUGGAAGUGCUGCACAAGUGCAACAACAGGUUUUUGUUCCAGGCCUUCAACCUCAUCCUAUCCAUCCUCAGGGAAUCAUGCAUCAGGGCCAAAGCAUGGGUUUCAAUCCUCAAAUUGGCCCUCAGUUGCCCCAUCAGUUAGGCAACAUGGGUAUUGGAAUUAGCCCACAAUAUCCACCACAGCAAGGAGGAAAAUUUGCUGCUCCUCGUAAAACUACUCCUGUCAAGAUAACUCACCCUGAGACACAUGAAGAGCUAAGACUUGAUAAAAGGACAGAUGCAUAUUCAGAUGGUGGGUCAUCUGGUGCAAGGCCUCAUUCUGGCAUGCCUUCUCAAUCUCAGCCUGCCCAGCAAUUCGCAGCUUCCCAUCCCAUUAAUUACUAUCCAUCCAGUUCCUACAGUACCAAUCCUCUCUUUUAUCCAACUCCCAGUUCUCUUCCAUUAACAAGUAGCCAGAUAACUCCUAACUCUCAGCCACCCAGAUUUAAUUAUGCAGUGAACCAUGGCCCGCAAAAUGUUAGUUUUGUAAAUUCAUCAUCUCAUAGUUCCCUGCCUGUUAAUAAAGCUGGCACUUCUAUUCCUGGCAAUGCUGAACCGCCUAAUCCAGAAUUUUCCUGGGAUGUGCAUAAUACAUUCUUGUCAGCUCCUUCAGGAGUAACUUCUGUGUCUAUUAAGCCAAGUGGUGGAUCUGGUGUUGUGGACUCAUCAUUUUCCAAUUCCAGUACUCAAAAGAGUGGAUCUCCUAGUUCUUCAUUGACAUCUGGUGAUGCUUUCUCUUCUGUGCCACUAAAAGGGUCUGAAACAACUGAAAUCUCUUCACAACAGUCUAAGGUGUCCAGUGAUUCAUCAGCUUUGAACUCAUUGCCAAAUCUGUCUGCUGCAUGUACUGUGAAGCCUACAUCAGCUUCCUUGUUACUUCCUACAUCUGCUGUGAGUGAAGAGUCUGUUUCAGUUCUGCCUAAUAAUGAGGGCAGAAAGAAGGAAUCUCUUAGUAGGUCAAAUUCUUUGAAGGAUAACCAGAAGAAAAUACACAAGAAAGGCCAAUCACAGCAUCAGGUUGCUGUGCAAUCUCCUUCUGUGGCUAAUGUGCCUUCCCAAGCUGUUGAUGGUGAUAUCCCUGUUGGUGAAGUUUCUGAAACUGUAGGAACUAAAACAAACCAUUCUGCGGCAGUUACCAGUGAAGAUCUCUCCGCUGCAGCUUCAGACAUGUUAUCAGCUACCAGUGAGAGCAUAACUUCUGCUGUUGAAACGAAAACUAAUGAUUCUACACAAGUUUCUGCAUGUGCUUCAGCUGAAGGACCCGUUACACUAGUGGCGGAUAAUUUGAACAAUCAUAAGAAUGCUGAGAUAGAUGAAUUGUUACAACAGGAUAAACCGUUACAGCCAGAUAUUUUGGAAAUGGUUCGUAAAACAGAAAAUUUGUCUCUUCAAGGAAGUAAACAAAGUGUUAGUGAUGGUGGAACAGAAUUAAAACAACCCAAGCAAGGUGCUGCAAAGUUAAGCACUGAGGCUGUAACCUUGAGGACCGUGCAGCAAGGGCAAGGGCAGGACGAGUCUACCAGUUGUAGUGCAGAAUGUGACAGGACGGCUGAUGAUAAGGGCAUAUCUAUCUCUACCACUUUGGAUUCCAAAGAUGUUUGUUUAAAUAGAAAUGAUAGUGUAGUUAGUAAUGAAGCUGUUUCUUCAAAUUCUGGCACAUCAGAUCAGCAGUCUGCUGAUCUCCUAGAAACAACUUCAAAACAGUGCAAGGAUGAUAGUGCAGAGAAUGCUGGCAGUGGUUCAGUGUCUCUUCCAGCAUCAGGUACCAAGGACAAACCAAUUUCAGAGUCUAGUAAGGUGAAACCUACAUCAAAGGGGAAAAAGAAACGAAAAGAGAUUCUUCAGAAGGCCGAUGCUGCCGGGUCAACAUCUGAUCUUUAUAAUGCAUACAAGGGACCUGAAGAAAAGAAAGAAACUGUUUUAAGUUCAGAGAAAACAGAAUGUGGUUCCACUUCUGAAAAUUUAGAGCAGUUGCCAACUGAUACUGCUCAGCCAGAUGCUGUAGCUGAGCAAUCUAAGCAGAGUAAAGCUGAACUUGAUGAUUGGGAGGAUGCUGCUGACAUGUCUACACCAAAACUAGAAGUUUCUGAUGAAACCGGACAGGUUAGUGAUGGAAGUGCAAUUACUGCCAAAAAGUACUCUCGAGAUUUCCUUUUGAAAUUUGCAGAGCAGUGCACUGAUCUUCCUGGAGGGUUUGAAAUCACGGCAGACAUAGCUGAGGCUUUGAUGGGUGCUAAUGUUAGUUCUCAUGUAAUUGAACAUUCUUCUACUGGAAGAAUUAUUGAUAGGUCAGGUGGGAUGUCUCGUCGUGGGAGUGGUGUUAUUGAGGAAGACAAAUGGAAUAAAGUUUCUAAUGCAUUUCAUUCCGGUAUGCGAUUGGAUGGUGUUGGAGGUAAUGCAGGAUUUCGACCUGGCCAAGGAGGCAAUUUUGGUGUUUUAAGGAAUCCACGCACACAGACACCUCUGCAGUAUGCUGGUGGGAUUCUUUCUGGUCCAAUGCAAUCCAUGGUAAAUCAGGGAGGAAUGCAAAGAAAUAGCCCUGAUGGAGAAAGGUGGCAGCGCACUAAUAGCUUCCAGCAGAGGGGUUUAAUUCCAUCUCCGUCUACUCCUCAAACUCCUUUACAGAUGAUGCACAAAGCUGAAAAGAAAUAUGAGGUGGGUAAAGUGACAGAUGAGGAACAGGCAAAGCAGAGGCAAUUGAAGGGUAUAUUAAACAAGUUAACUCCUCAGAAUUUUGAGAAGCUUUUUGAUCAGGUUAGAGCAGUUAAUAUUGACAACGUGGUCACUCUCAAUGGUGUCAUCUCGCAAAUCUUUGAGAAGGCCUUGAUGGAGCCUACCUUCUGUGAAAUGUAUGCCAAUUUCUGUUUUCAUCUGGCAGCUGUGUUACCUGAUCUCAGUCAAGAUAAUGAAAAGAUAACUUUCAAGAGAUUAUUGUUAAACAAGUGCCAGGAAGAAUUUGAGAGGGGGGAAAGAGAGCAAGAAGAAGCUAAUAAGGCUGAUGAGGGUGAGGUCAAGCUGUCUAAUGAGGAAAGAGAAGAGAAACGAACCAAGGCAAGAAGACGUAUGUUGGGGAAUAUCAGAUUGAUUGGAGAACUAUAUAAGAAGAAAAUGUUGACAGAAAGGAUAAUGCAUGAAUGCAUCAAGAAGUUAUUGGGUCAGUAUCAGGAUCCAGAUGAAGAAGAUAUUGAAGCUUUGUGCAAGCUGAUGAGUACUAUUGGGGAGAUGAUUGACCAUCCCAAAGCCAAGGAACAUAUGGAUGCAUAUUUUGAAAUGAUGAGAUCAUUAUCAAACAACAUGAAUUUAUCUUCUAGGUUGAGGUUCAUGUUGAAGGAUGUCAUUGAUUUGAGAAAGAAUAAAUGGCAACAAAGAAGAAAGGUUGAAGGUCCGAAGAAGAUUGAGGAGGUGCACAGAGAUGCUUCUCAAGAGAGGCUGGCCCAAGCUAGUAGGCUGGGUCGUGGUCCAGGCAACAAUCCACCUCGAAGAAUCCCUAUGGAUUUUGGUCCAAGAGGAUCAUCAAUGUUAUCUCCUAAUGCUCAGAUGGGUGGACUGCGUGGAUUGCCUACUCAAGUUCGCGGGUACGGUUCUCAGGAUGCUCGCAUGGAAGACAGGCAAACUUAUGAGGCUAGGACAUUGUCAGUUCCCUUGCCUCAAAGACCUUUGGGUGAUGAAUCAAUAACCUUGGGACCAAUGGGUGGCCUUGCCAGAGGAAUGUCCAUUAGAGGUCCACCUGCAGUUUCAAGUUCAACUGGUCUUAGUAAUGGUUAUAAUAAUUUGUCAGAGCGCACUUCAUACAGCUCUAGGGAGGACCCUGCAUCAAGAUAUACUCCAGAUAGAUUUGCUGGUUCGACUGCUUACGAUCAAUCUAUUGUUCAAGAUCGUAAUAUGAAUUAUGGUAACAGGGACUUGAGAAAUGCAAAUAGGAUUCUUGAUAAACCUGUUGUAACUUCACCUCCUGCCCGAACACAAGGGACAGCAGCCUCCCUGAGUAUUUCUCCAGAGCGACUGCAGGACAUGUCCAUGGCAGCAAUCAGAGAAUACUAUAGUGCUAGAGAUGUGAAUGAAGUUGUUCUAUGCAUCAAAGAUCUGAACUCCCCAGGCUUUCAUCCUUCCAUGGUUUCUCUCUGGGUCACAGACUCAUUUGAGAGAAAGGACAACGAGAGAGAUCUUUUGGCCCAGCUGCUUGUCAAGGUUGUGAAAUCUCAGGAUGGACCCUUGGGUCAAGCCCAGCUCAUCAAAGGGUUUGAAUCUGUUCUCAGUACUUUGGAAGACGCGGUUAACGAUGCCCCCAAAGCACCAGAGUUUCUUGGCCGUGUUUUUGCCAAAGCUAUAACAGAGCAUGUAGUCUCUUUGAAAGAGAUUGGGCGGUUAAUACAUGAGGGUGGAGAGGAACCGGGGAGCCUCUUAGAAGCUGGACUUGCAGCUGAUGUUCUUGGAAGCACAUUGGAGGUAAUAAAAAUGGAAAAGGGUGAUGCUGUUUUGAGUGAGAUCUGCACGAGCUCCAACUUGCGGUUGGAGACCUUCCGGCCACCCGAACCUCUUAAAUCAAGGAAGUUAGAGAAAUUUAUUUAGGGGUAGAGAUGCUCAUAGAGGAAUAUAUUUAUUCAUGUCUAGUGCUACUAAUAGGGGAUACUCAAAUUUGCAGAAAUGGUUUUCUCCAUGGGGGAGUGGGUGGGGGAGAUUUUUAUGUUCGGAUUUCUGUCUAAAAGAUUAUUUCUGCCAUAUCUUCACUGCAAUUAUAAAAGGUUCAGUUAAGCGUCUGAAAAUUUUAGGCUGAGUUAUAUAUCAUGUCUUUCAUGAGGGUUUACUUUUUCAGCAGUCUUGUAUCAUUCAAAGUUCAAACUGUCCAUGAAAAUAUACUGGCAUAUUGAUCUGCAUCAUGUCAAUGUGUAUAGGGACAUGCAAUCAAGCAUAACGCCACAUACUAAAUUGUUUUAAAAUAUACUAGCUGACGAUGCUUUUUUCUUC